AUGACGCAGCCCGCCUCUUCCUUAUCGAGGCGGCGUUCGGUCGCCAAGAAGGCAAUCGCCUUGGCCACCGCCGCUCUCGCCCUUUCAUCUCGUGCAUCGGCAGCCAAGAAGGCCGGUACCUACGAGAUCGUCAACAGAGACUCGCUCGCUUCCGCCAUGAUGCUUGGUGUCAUGGAUGAGGAGAACGUCUUCAUUCUCGACAAGGCUGAGAACAACUCCCAAAGAUUGGCGGAUGGUCGUCCAGUUUGGGGUUCCUUCUACAACCUCGCCGACAACUCCGUCACUGGUGUUUCCGUCACUACCAACACCUUCUGCGCUUCCGGUGCAACUCUUGGUAAUGGCACUUGGGUCGUUGCUGGUGGUAAUCAGGCCGUCGGUUACGGUGGUGCUGCUGUGCCCCAGAACCUCAGCCCUUACCAAGAUUAUGACGGCACUCGUGCCAUUCGUCUUCUCGAGCCUGGGUCCAAGACAUGGAUCGACUCGCCAUCCACUUCGACAACUCAGGUCAACAUGAUGCAGUCCGCCCGUUGGUACCCUGGUAUCGAGGUUCUUGAAGACGGUAGUGUCCUUUUUGUCGGGGGUGCCGUAGGUGGCGGUUACAUCAACCGAAACACCCCCAACGUCGACCCCUACUACCAAGGCGGGGGUUCCAACCCCACCUACGAGUACUUCCCCUCCAAGGGCGCACAGAGGGUCUGCGACUUCAUGGGCAAGACUUCCGGUCUUAACAUGUACCCGCACACCUACCUCAUGCCCUCAGGCAAGAUCUUCAUGCAGGCCAACUACAGCACUGUCAUGUGGGAUCACGUCAACAACAACGAAACCGCUCUUCCUGAUAUGCCCGGCCAAGUCAUUCGAGUCUAUCCGGCUUCCGGUGCCGUCGCCAUGCUCCCGCUCACUCCCGAGAACAAGUACACUCCUACCAUUCUCUUCUGCGGUGGCAGUGUAUUGAGCGACCAGCUCUGGGGAAACUACGCCGGUCCUGGUGGCAACAUUCUUGGCAUCACCGCUUCUACCGACUGCUCAUCCAUCUCUCCCGAAGACAACCAAGGUAAUGCCAACCCUAACGUCCAGUACGUCAAGGAGGGCGACCUUCCCGAGGGUCGUUCGAUGGGCCAAUUCAUCCACCUUCCGGACGGAACUAUGGUCAUCGUCAACGGUGCCAAUAAGGGUACUUCUGGUUACACCAACGCCACCUACAACACCAUUCAGUACAACGGCAGAACCAUCGUUACCGAGGGACUCUCUCAGGACCCCACCUACGUUCCCGUCAUCUAUGAUCCAUCUAAGCCACAGGGUCAGCGCAUCACCAAUGCCGGUCUCUCGGCCUCCACCAUCGCUCGUCUCUAUCACUCGAGUGCCGUUCUUCUCCCCGAUGGCUCCGUUAUGGUUGCUGGUUCCAACCCACACCAGGACGUCACCCUCGACAUGCCCACUGGUACCACGCCCCAGGCGUUCAACACCACCUACGAGGUUGAAAAGUGGUACCCUCCCUACUGGGACUCGCCUCGUCCUCAACCGCAGGGCAUGCCCACCUCGAUCCCUUACGGCGGUCAGCCCUUCAACAUCACCGUUGACGGCAACUUCAUGGGCGACUCGGCCAACGCAAAGGCUGCCAACACCAAGUUUGCCAUCAUCCGUCCUGGUUUCUCCACCCACGCCAUGAACAUGGGUCAGCGUGCCGUCUACCUCGACUACACUUACACUGUCAACGAAGAUGCUUCGGUCACUUACAUGCUCAACCCUCUUCCAAACACCAUCUACAUGAACCGUCUCAUCGUGCCCGGUCCCGCCCUCUUCUUCGUCACUGUUGGUGGUGUGCCCAGUAUGGGCAAGAUGAUCAUGGUCGGCACUGGCGCUACUGGAACUGGGAACGUUCCUUUCACUGCCAACCUCGGAUCUGCUCUUGUUACGCUUCCUGCUGCUCUUAACAGCACCAAGUACACUGCUGCUCUUUCCAGACCUGGAGACUCAAGCUCCAGCUUUGGCCUCGGCAAAAUCAUUGGAAUUGCCGUCGCCGGUGCCGCUGUUCUGGCUCUCAUCGCUCUCGGGAUCUGCCUCUGGAGGCGCAAGGGUAGGAACUCGCGCAACGAGAAGCCCUCUUCGCGACAGUCGGCCGCUGCUUGGACCAGCCGCGACCUUGGCUCUGGUCCCGAGUACAAGCGCGUCGACACCCCUGUUGGUUCGGUUAACGGCCGAUUCGGUGGCGGUAGGAUGGACAGCUCGCACACCUUCGAGUCAUACCGCAUGAACGACCAGGGCAGCGUCAGCGAAGGCAAGGAGGCUCUUGGAGGUUACUACGAUGCACCACGAAGUGGCAGCCGCGCUGGUUUCGCCCCUAGCCCACUUGCUUACGAGGGUCAGCACGCUCGCGGCGGCUCUCAUGGCACUCAAGGCACUCAAUACCAGCAAGGCUGGGGCGAGUACCACGCUGGUGACGCUGGCGCAUACUACGAAGACAACACCAGCAGGUACGCCGGCGGACAGAGCUAUGAUGACUACCCACCGCAGAACUACCCGCAGCAAAGCUACCAGCAGCAGUACCACCAGCAGCAGCGCCAACACUACGACAGCCCACGUCAACACCAGCAAGGAUCGGGUAGCUACUCUAGCCGCCGCUGA